AUGCACCGGUCCUACCAGCCCUUCAAACCUGUCACCAACCGAUACCUGCAGCAGAGAUGGGACCAGAGCGACUACGAGAAGCACCGCCUGAAGGUGAGCUCGGCUCUGCCUGUGGUGGACACCGCCGGCAGCAGGACGCCUGUCCACAUGACGCUCAAACUGAAGAAGCUGCAGCUGCAGGAGGAGCGUCUGUCGGUCAUUGACAGAGACAAUCAGCUCCUGGCCUCCAAACUGGCCAACAUCGUGUGCUCCAAAGGCCUGGUGGACCACCGGAACCACUAUGGAGUUUGUGUUCUGCGUGUCUUCCUCAGUCUCAAUGCUCCGAAGCGGAGGCAGGAGCUCCUGUUGGUCGGUCAUCAGAAUCAGGGCAUCUACCAGCGAAUCCUCGCUCGCCAGUCGGAGUACCGCCGCCAGCUGUGGCUGGACGACUGGGAGAAGACACAGCGCCGCCUGGACACCAUCUCCAGAUACCCCAGAGGGCCCACGGACCAACGGAGGUUUCAGAGGAAGGUGAAGUUUGCAGAAGAGGAAGGAAGUGAGGGCUUCUCCAUCAGCAGCGACGCCUCCAGCAGCGACAGGACCAGCACUGAGACCUGA